AUGUUUUCCCGCCUGGUACUCGUCUUGUGUCUACUGAAGCUGGUCUCCGGGCUGACGAACUUGGAGAGAGCCUGCGCCGCCGAGAACGCGGAAGUCCUGGACAAUGACUUCAUGGUCGGGACUUGGUACGAGGUCUACAGAUUCGCCAUGUGGCUGAAUCUUCCGCCGUCGAUAUCCUGCGUGAACAUCAAGAUCACCGAAGCCCCAUCCGACGAAGUGGAGCGCUACAGAACGGCCCACGGUGAAGACGAAGCGUUGAAAUUCGACACCAAGCCCGUUCUCUUCGACCGGCACGACGGUUACUACAAAGGAAUGCUCACAGGGAGUAGUCAGGCUAAAUUCUUGGCUUGGGAUCCGAGUAAAAUAUUCUUCGAGACGGAGAAGUACGAAGGGCAGGUGUACAAGAAGGUGAACGAUGACUAUAUGCUGUUUCACACGUGCGCUCUACCCAACUUUAAGACGUUGCUGUCCAGGAGGAGAGACCAGACGGAGGAGGAGCUGCAGCAGGUCAUCGCCACCAUUGAGGAAGUCCAGCGUAUGGAGACGCAAAGAUUCUGCGCGCCUUGAUGUAUUAAUUGUGACAGUGUAAGCGAAUGAGAAUUAAAUUGGCAACAUGUCAA